GGGUCGGUGGACGAUUGUGGAUGCGGGCUUUGGUGCAGUGCAUGAUGUGUCCACUGAUCUGAAUAGAAGAAUUUAUUCGUCAUUGUAUGGCAAGGGCAUUCGCCAUAAUUCAUUCCAGGGUGGUCGCAAGUGCAUCACCUUUGUCCAGGAGUAACAGAUACACAAAUUAUUGGUUGUCACUUUGCCGUCGGAUCAAAGAGGAGCUGACUACUUAAUGCAAACAUUGGCAGCUAACACAUUACUGCUUUUUUGCGUAUAUGCCGUUUUUGAUGCAUUUAGUAUGAGUGGUGUCAUUUGUGUGGUCUUCCUUUGCCAAAACUCAAGAUAGAGCUAAGCCCAUCAAGUUGUCUUGAAUUAUUGCAUUUGAUGCAAGUGCUUUCAAGAUUGUAACAAAGAUAUGGGAACCCAAGAGAGUAUGCAAUGAACAAGAGCUGUAUUCUGAAAGUUCAAUAUCUGUGGUGGCAUCAUGGCUAACUCCAUGGAAAAUGGUGUGAAGGAUGAGCCAAAGACACAGUUUUCUGCACGAGAAGGAACUUAUAGGCUGAUGGCACACUCAGAUUAUUCACGUCCAAAUAGGGUUGGAUAUAGUAGUGCAGGACAUGGCAAUAUUCCUGUGAGGGUGUCAUUUGUGACAGUUGAGGAUACAUGUGGCUCCAAUGAAAGGAUAUGCUUUAACUAUGGAAGAGAACUGUAUGUUUAUAUAUACAAGGGCGUGCAAAAGGCGGUGGACCUAACCAAACCGGUGGACAAGCGGGUGUACAAGAGCACGAGCCCCACCUGUCACGACUUUGGUGUGGCGCCGGGUGCGACGGACGCCGUCUCGCUGCUGGUGGGCUUCACCGGCGGGCAGGUGCAGCUCAUCGACUCGGCGCGACACGACGCCCACUGCAUUUUCAACGAUGAGCAACUGAUCGAGAAGACGCGCGUCACCUGCGUCAAGUGGCUGCCCAACACACCGCACCAGUUCCUCGCGUCGCACGCCAGCGGCCAGCUGUACCUGUACUCGGAGCGACUGCCGUGCGGUCCGGCCGCGCCCACCUACCAGACGUUCAAGCAGGGCGACGGCUUCACCGUGUACACGUGCAAGGCGCGCAGCACGCGCAACCCGCUGUACCGCUGGGCCGUCGGCGAGGGCGCCGUCAACCGGUUCGCAUUCUCGCCGUGUGGCCGCCACCUGGCCACGGUCUCGCAGGACGGGUGCCUGCGCGUCUUCCGCUACGACAGCAUGGAGCUGGCCGGCGUGGCGCGCAGCUACUUCGGCGCGCUGACGUGCGUGGCGUGGUCGCCGGACGGCCGGUACGUGGCGGCCGGCGGCGAGGACGACCUGCUCACCGUCUGGAGCCUGGCCGAGCGGCGCGUGGUGGCGCGCGGCCGCGGCCACCGCUCCUGGGUGGCCGACGUGGCGUUCGACCCGUACACGACCGUGGUGGACGGCGGCGGCGAGCCGGCCGCCAACGGCAACGGCUACUGCUCGGACGAGGGCGGCGGCGGCAGCGGCAGCGGCGGCUCGGCGACGGCGGUACCGCCGAUCGUCUCCUACCGGAUUGGCUCAGUGGGCCAGGACACGCAGCUCUGCCUGUGGGACCUGACGGACGAGGUGCUGCGCCGGCCGUUCGGCCGCGCCAUCGGCACGCCCGGCUGUCCGCGGCUGGCCGACUGUCCGAUCCUGGAGCCGCACGUCAGCUGCCGCGUCUCGCACGAGCGGCUGACGGCGCUCACCUUCCGGCGCGACUGUCUGGUGACGGCCUGCUGCGACGGCUACGUCUGCACGUGGGCCCGGCCCGGCACUGUUACCGGCGGCUGUGCGGCGCCUAGCCCGGUGACCGCCCGCGGCGACAGCAGUACGGUGGUGUGACGAGACGGCCGGCUGAGCCGCCGGCCCCAUCUGUGAUAGAGCACGUGGGCCGCCAGCCUGCGCCCCCGCGCGCCGGUCCGGA